AUGAAGCUUCAUUUUUUAUGGCUUGCUUUGGUAUUGAUUGGCGUCAAAACUAAUGCAGCGAAGCAAGGAAAGAAUGCAACAAUCCCUGCACUAAUAGUUUUUGGAGAUUCAAUUAUGGAUACUGGUAAUAACAAUAGACUCCACACUCUUUUGAAGUGCAAUUUUCCUCCCUAUGGCAAGGACUUUUCUGGCGGCAUAGCCACCGGAAGAUUUUCUGAUGGAAGAGUUCCCUCUGAUCUCAUUGCUGAAAAAUUGGGACUGGCUAAGUCACUACCAGCAUUUAUGAACCCGAAUUUGAAGCCCCAAGAUCUUCUUAAGGGUGUGACAUUUGCAUCUGGAGGAACUGGUUACGAUCCAUUAACGGCUAAGAUAAUGUCCGUGAUUUCAGUCUGGGAUCAACUAACAUAUUUCAAACAAUAUAUAUCAACGAUCAAACAACAUUUUGGAGAGAAAAAAGCUCAAGAUAUCUUGGACAAUAGUUUUUUUGUUGUGUGUUCUAGUAGCAACGACCUUGCUCACACUUUCAUAGCUCAAUCUCAUAACUAUGACCGUACCUCAUAUCCCAAUUUCUUGGCUGACUCAGCAGCCAAAUUCGUAAGAGAAUUACAUAAGCUUGGAGCUAAAAAAAUCGGAGUCUUCAGCGCAGUACCAGUUGGAUGUGUACCACUUCAAAGAACAGUGUUCGGAGGAUUGUUUACAAGAGGAUGUGUUGAAUCUUUAAACAACAUGGCUAAACAAUUCAACGCAAGGCUUUCACCAGCACUAGAAUCUUUAGAUAAAGAGUUGGAUGGUACUAUCUUCUACAUUGAUGUUUAUGAUACUCUUUUCGACAUGAUCCAACAUCCUUCAAAAUACGGUAAGCUCAUCUUAUAA